AUGUGGCACAGCUGUGGGUUGCCCUGUGCUUGUAGGAUAGAAAAGUACAUGCGUGAAGAGCGUUCGAUUCAACUCGAAGACAUAGACGUCUUCUGGCGGAAACUUAACUUCCAAAGUUGUAAAUUGAUAGACGACUCCCUUGACGUGGUCGAAGAGCUAGAUGUUGUUAGACAACAAUUACAGUCGCACCCCCCAGCUCAGCAAAAAAGCCUGCUUUCAAAGAUUAAAGCGGUGUUGACUCCAACGAAAUCUACCAAGAAACCACCGGUUGUCCAACAAAAUACUCGUGGCCGACCAACAACAAAGCAGGUACAAGAAAGGUUGGACGAGGCCUCUCGUAUAGAUGAAGAAUUGAGGAGAAGCUCCUUCGGUGAUGCAAACACGUGCUUUGAAGGUUCACGACAAAUGUUCCAUCCGUACGUCUCGUGCAUACGAGAUGUGAUGCCGGACGGUCAUUGUGGGUUUCGGUCUGUGGCUGUGGGCUUAGGGAUGGAUCCGAGUUCAUGGGGGCUUAUUAGGAGGGACCUUGUCCAAGAAAUGGAUCAGAACGAAUCGAUCUGGUUCCCAAUAUUUGAAGCAUGGGCUGAUGGUUAUUUUUACACGCAUCGUCAGGGCCUAAUUUGGGAUUCAGUGGCCGGUUGUGGGGAGAAUCACUGGAUGGACUUCCCCUUUGCAGGACUUCUUAUUGCACAAACGUACGGUAUCGGGGUGCACCUGUUAACGACAACCAUGGGUGCGAGUUCCACUUACUUCCCAAUACUAAGUCCUCCGGCUAAUCAACAACCAUUAUUCAUAACGCUUACACAUGUUAACGAGAACCACUUCAUACAUGUUAAGCUGGAAGGGGAUUAUCCUGUGCCACCAGCACACGGGCUAUGGUUGACCCACCGAAGACCCCAUACAGAACAAUGGGAAGAUAUGUACUUGCCACGUCUAGAAUGGUAUACAUCGAUAAUGAAUCCUCGGCCAAGAUCAAACCCCAGUCUUAAUUACAUAGAUAGUUACACGGAAGAAUGA